AUGUCCGGCCCGGGGAAGGAAGCCAUGGUCGAGCAGACUGCAAGGUCCGAUGACUCUCGUUGUGCCGAUGAGGAGGCAGGCUCAGUCCUUCGGCUGCCCGAGCGAGAGACGGUCAGGCGCGACCUGCGCGAAAGACACAUCCAGAUGAUCUCCAUCGCUGGGAUGAUCGGGACUGGUCUAUUUCUGGGAUCGGGAAGCGCCAUCGCCAGAGCAGGCCCCGUGGGUGCGCUCCUGGGCUAUGUCAUCAUGGGCUUCAUCACCGCAGGCAUCGCAUACAUGAGUGGCGAGCUGUCGGCGUUUCAGCCUGUCAGCGGCGGAUUCGUUCGUCACGCCACCCGCAUGAUCGAUCCGGCCAUGGGCGCCGCCACCGGUUGGAACUUUUGGUACAGCAUGGCCAUCACCGCCCCCGCCGAGAUCACAGCAGCCUCAGCGCUGAUCCAAUUCUGGGACACCAAGACGAGCCCGGCUGUGUGGAUUUCGGUGUUCCUUGUCGUCAUUGUGGUCAUCAACUUUUGUGGAGUGCGUGUAUACGGAGAGUCCGAAGUCAUCUUUGCCAGUCUCAAGAUCCUCCUCAUCAUCGGACUGAUCAUUGCAGGGCUCGUCGUGGACCUGGGCGGGGGCCCUGACCAUGACCGCCUUGGAUUCCGAUACUGGAAGAACCCGGGCCCCUUCAAUGCCUACCUCGUCGAAGGCAACACCGGCAAAUUCCUGGGCUGGUGGAGCACCCUCAUCACCGCUGCCUUCUCGUACGCCAACGUGCAGGUGGUCGCCAUUGCUGGGGCUGAAACUCGUGACCCACGGAAGAACAUUCCGGAGGCAAUGAAGAGAACGUUCCUGAGGGUGCUCGUAUUCUAUGUGUUGAGCAUCUUCAUCGUCGGGAUGAUCGUUCCCUAUAAUGAUCCCCAGCUGUCUGUGUCUUCCGGGACUGCGGCACAAUCACCCUUCGUCAUCGCUUUCAGCAGAGCAGGCAUCAACGUCCUUCCCGACAUCAUCAAUGCCAUCGUCUGUACAUCAGCCAUCUCCAGCGGCUCAGCCUGUGUUUUCAUCGCUUCGCGCACCCUGUACGGAUUGAGCAAAGAGGGUCAAGCUCACCGUAUCUUCCAGAAGACAAAUCGCUGGGGCGUGCCGGUCUUCUCUCUGGGAUUGUCUUGUCUGUUCCUGCCGUUGGCCUAUCUCGUGCUGGGCACUGAUGCCUCAGUGGUCUUUGGAUGGUUCGUCAACAUCACCACGGUGGCGGGAUUGAUCGGCUGGGCGGUCAUCUGCGUGACCUGGCUGAGGUUCAACCGAGCAUUCCAGGUCCAAGGACUCUCCAGACAAUCGCUUCCUUACCGCAGUCCACUGCAGCCGUACACCGCUUGGUUCUGUCUGGUCUGGGUGAUCCUGAUCAUCCUCUUCUCUGGCUUCGCCGUUUUCUUCCCCGGCAAUUUCUCCGCCAGCAGUUUCCUGACCGCGUAUGUGAACAUCCCGAUUUUCAUCGCGCUCUUCAUCUUCUUCCGCAUCUACUAUCGGUCGAGGUUUCUUCGCGCACACGAAAUCGACAUCAAGACCGAAUUGGCCUACAUCGCCCAGGAGAAGGAGCAGCAGGCAGAACUCACAGAGAUCACCCCCCGAAGCACGUGGAAGAGAGUGUUGGACAGGGUGCUCUGA